AGGUGAGUCUUGCUUGUGAAUCUGAAUCUGUGUCGUGGCUGUGCUUCUAUGUGAAUUCAUACUUGAGGUGCUUCCGUGGUAAACAAACGGCCCUGGUCAAAAUUUAUUAUUCAAAGCACAAGCAGCACCAGCACAAUGACAAUGACUUCGACGUCCUCCGACCAGAGGCAUCAUCCUCCGUCGCUUCCCCGGAAGCGUGCAGAGCCUGCUGCACAUGAAGACCUGACAGCAGACCACGUAGGUUUCCAAGUGCAGCGAGAACAUGCGACGUCCACGCCUUCCGAGGACAAAGCACGAUUAGCUCCAGGAGCCACCGACAGGAUCUCUCUCGAGCAGGCGAAGCUGCUGCAGGCGCUUCUCACUGCGGAGCUGUAUGAAGAGUUGGUCUAUCCAACGCCUCCACCGCAUUGGUUUCCAGAAGACAAAACGCGACCGAUUGGUGACGUCGAACCAUCUUCGACAGAACAUCCAGCAGGUACUACAGUUUUUUCCCCGCUGACAUCUUCUUCGAAGGUGGAAAAUAAAAUGCCGCGGGGAACGAGCCACAAAGAAAAAACGCACCAUCCUCAUGGCGAUUGGGACCACCUGGUCGAGUGGAACGAGGGGGAAAAUUCGUGGCAAAUCCAAAAACCCUUCCGCACCUACGCGGCCGUUGUCGGGGAUUUAAACGACGUCCACAACGUGCAGAUCCGCUGUUUGCUCUGCAAAAACGCGCGGGGCAGGCCGAUUUACUUCGACAAGUGGCAUUUCGAGUCCGACAAACACAAAGCGCACAUUGUCGAUCGGGAGAGAGUGCUUGACAUAGCACUGGGACUGAAAUUUGGAGCAGUACAACCGAGGCUGCUGGCGGAGAGUUCUUUGCUCUCCGGCGGUAGAAGAAGUACUGCUGCGGCUUCGUCGAAGGGAAAGAAACUCUCAGCCUCGUCCUCAAAAGUAUUAGGAUACACGUCGGGCGGAAAAGAAAAUCAAUUCCUCGAUUUAACCCGUCCGUUCAAAUACUUUCCCCCCUUGAUCAUUCUGCGCAGGUGGUGCGAAAAAACCAGAACCCUCCGCCCUAUGCUGCAUUGCCUGCUGUGUGCGCAGUUCAAAGAUUGCUUCCAGUGCGACGAGCCAGUGACGAGAAGGCUAUGGCGGCUUAUGUUGACGGCAAAUAAGAACAUGGAAGACGAAGACAGACAAUCGGAGGACACAGAGCGGCUGUUGGAAACCGUCAAGCACGGGUUGAAUUCGAUCAACAGCUGCUGGCGGCACCGAAACGAAGUGUAUUACGCUUACAGCAACGAGGCGUGGGACUCGGCACACGCGAAAAAAGCGCGGUGGAAGGUCGAGCGCAUGCGAGAGUUCGUCCUACAGUCAGAUCCGGUUUUCUACCGAGAUGGGAAAGGAUUUCCGUUUGAUCAGGCGUAUUUUUGGGGGGAUAUAAUCGACGAGGACGAUGAGCAGGGUCGUUCCGGGGAAGAUGACUUUAUUUGCAUACCGGCAGUUCCACCAGCAACUCCGGGCCUUCUUGUGUCUGGAGAGACAGAGGUCAACAGUAAUGCAGGAAGAACACCAAAGAAUGGCUCUCCCCAAGUAGACAUUGUGCCUCGAGAACAAACGGACUUGCUGAACGGCGGUCGGGACGAUGCCCUACUGCGGAAGAGCCGCGCGCGUCGGGAGGCUUCGAUGACAACCGAGCAAGGGUCCUUCUCGAGUCACAAAAAAGCGCGCGAGAGGGAAAUUAUGAGAAAGUGCAACCUUUUGUCAUGCAGGGGGCUAGUUUGUCAUGCAGGGGGGUAGAAAGGAUGCCCCGCUGCGAAGGUGGAUGGGGGGGGUCCGGGGGGGGCUUGCCCCCCCCGGCCACAUAGCUUCCUGGCCAGGUGGCCAGUUUGUCAUGCAGGGGGCUAGAAAGGAUGCCCCGCUGCGAAAUAGCUUCAGAAAUUCCUGCCUGAGGCAGCUCUUUCUGUUGGAAAAAGACUGCCUGAGGCAGCUUUUGCUAAAGCAAAAGCUGCCUCAGGCAGCUUUUUCUAUUUGGCAAAAGCUGCCUCAGGCAGCUUUUGCUAUCAUAUCUAGCAAAAGCUGCCUGAAGCAGCUUUUUCUAUUUGGCAAAAGCUGCCUGAGCCAGCUUUUGCUAUUUGAAAAAAGUGACUUCGACAGCAAAAAAAGUGAGCACGUUGAUGCACGAACGCCGUACGAAAGCCGUACAAAAGCCGUACCAAAGCCGUACUUGUAUCAGCCGUGCCAUGCGUGUACGGAAACAAAAAAAUCACUCUUGUACAGAUUCCAAUCUAUUUUUCAUCUAUUGUUCAUCUAUUUUUCAUCUAUUCUUCAUCUAUUUUUCAUCUAUUAUUUAUCUAUUUUUCAUCUAUUAUUUGUCUAUCUCUCAUGUAUUCUGCAUGUGUUUUUCAUCAAUAGACAGCCUAUCGGCUGUCUAUUUCUCAUGUGCUUUUCGCGAAUAGCUGAAAGCAAUGCGCACAAGUACAAGGGCAGAGCGCAAAAGUGCUAGGAUGUUAGACGGCCAAAGUGGCGAUGAAGGAUUUGGAAGAUAGUAGAGAAGGCAACCCGACACCAAAAAGCUGUCUGAGGCAGCUUUUUCUAUCGACGGAAAGAGCCAACUUUUGUCAUUUGGCAAAAGCUGUCCGGGGCCGCUCUUUCUAUUGGAAAAAAGCUGCCUGUGGCAGCUUUUGCUAUUUGAAAAAAGCUGCCUGAGGCAGGUUUUGCUAUUGGAAAAAAGUUGCCUGGGGCAACUUUCUCCUUCCAUUGGAAAAAAGCUGCCUGAGGCAGCUUUUUGGCCCAUUUGGAAAAAGCUGCCCGGGCAGCUUUUCUUUUUCAUCUGGAAAAAGCUCUUUUUUCAAAUAGAAAAAGCUGUCUCGGGCAGCUUUUGCCAAAGAGCAAAAGCUGCCUCCUUACUCGCGCCUGGGCCUUCGCAUACGCGAACUGAUGAUCGCAUUGGUUCAUUUCUGUGCGGAAGUGCGCGCUGUUCGUGCCUGUCCGGAAGGGCCUCGCUCUUCCGGACAGGCCUCUGGCUCUGCGUCUGCUAUGGUAUUUAGCUUCUGUCUGUCUGGUCCCCACGCAGAAAAAACAGGCCAGAGACCAAAAAGUGUCCAAAAUCUAACACUUUUAGCUCAAAAGUGUUUGAUUUUGCUCACUUUUUCGCCCCUUCGCCUGUUCUGGUCCGCCACGAGAAUUUUGUGGAGUUGCCCCAAUUGGUGACAAAAGAUGGCCCGGCCCCUGGUUCUCCAUGUCUGUGUGCGUCGCGUGUGUGCAUGCGAUGCCACUUCCGCGUAAUGGCUUGAGAAAUUGGACGGAAUAAUCGUCCCAGGGAUCGCAAGCAGUCCCGCCGCGCACGGAUUUCAUCUGUAAGUC